UUUCUUCAUAAUUUCUAUAUUAUCUAUAUUUAUGCUCAUAUAUUAAUACAGAGACCUAACAUUUUUUGGUUAUAGUUUUACCAUUGUUCUUUUUCUAUUUUUUUUACCAAAUAUUAUAUUCUUUCUAUUUUUUUAUCUUUUAAUCUACUCCUCAAUAAAUUACUAUUUCAUACUAUCAAGUGAGAAGCGGCAACGCCGCGACUCCCGCGCGAACGCACAAGUGUCCAGCUAGUUAUUAAUUACUUAAAAGAACAUACGUAAAACCAAUAAAUAACCGCAUUAUCCCAUUUGCCUAUUAGAGUAGAGUGUCUCAUCUCAGGAUUAGCAAGACCACUAUUUAUAGACAGAUUAAAAAAUGAUAAUUACAGUCAGCAUCAUCGUGAUAUUUGCAAUAAAAUCGUGUGUUCUACAAGCGUUCCGUCUAGAAGAGAAGAGAAAGAACGUAUCUGUGAACUCUGAACCUGUCUGGUUAUAACAAUCCAUCUUCAACAAACUCCAUUAACAUAAUAAUGGCCAACUACACCAAACAUACUCACUCACACUCAUAUACCAUCGACCCUAACACUGGUUACUGUUCACAAUCUAGAACCUUCCACAGCCUCCGUCCAAUCGUCCCUCUCCCUCCACCUUCUCAACCUCUCUCUCUCACCGACUACUCACUCUCUCUCCUCCCUGAAACCGCCAUCUCAAACAACAUCCCUGCUCUCAUAGACUCAGCCACCGACCACCACCUCACUUACCCCACUUUCCUCCGUCAAAUCAAAUCCCUCACUUCCUUCCUCCAACAAUCCCGCACUUCUCUCUCCAAAGGCCACGUGGCAUUAAUCCUCACCCCUUCUUCCUUACACGUCCCCGUACUCUAUUUCUCUCUCCUCUCCCUUGGUGUCAUCGUCGCACCUGCUAACCCACUCAGUUCCCAAUCCGAGUUAACUCACUUGAUUCAACUUACGAAACCUGUCAUCGCAUUCGCUACUUCCACAACCGCUUCCAAAAUCCCCAACCUCCCAUUCGGCACAAUCGUAAUUGACUCUCCUUCUUUUCUUUCCAUACUCGAUUCUAACUCUAACUCGGAACUUCGCCGAGUUGAAACGACUCAAUCAGACACAGCGGCGAUUCUCUUCUCUUCAGGAACAACUGGAAAAAUUAAAGGCGUGUUGUUAACUCAUCGUAACCUUAUUGCGUUGAUUGGAGGGUUUUGUUACCUGAAGCACGCGUAUGAUGACGGCGUUGAAAAUGAACCGCAUCCGGUGUCGCUGUUUCCGCUUCCUCUUUUUCAUGUGUUUGGAUUUUUUAUGUUGGUCAGGGCUUUGGCUAUGGGGGAGACACUGGUGUUGAUGCAGAGAUUUGAUUUUGAAGGUAUGUUGAAGGCUGUGCAGAAGUAUAGGAUUACUUAUAUGCCGGUGUCGCCGCCGUUGGUUACGGCGUUUGCUAAGUCGGAGUUGGUGAAGAAAUAUGAUCUUAGUUCGAUUCGGUUGUUGGGGUCCGGUGGCGCGCCACUUGGCAAGGAAGUUGCGGAGAGCUUCAAAACCAAAUUCCCCAAUGUGGAAAUUGUGCAGGGCUAUGGUUUAACUGAAAGUGGAGGAGGGGCAGCAAGAAUGAUAGGGUUUGAUGAGGCUAAGCACUAUGGUUCUGUGGGUCGACUAGCAGAAAAUAUGGAGGCCAAGAUAGUCGACCCUGUUACAGGAGAGGCAUUAUCUCCUGGCCAGAAAGGGGAGCUUUGGUUGCGAGGACCAACAAUCAUGAAAGGUUAUGUAGGAGAUGACAAGGCAACUGUUGAGACAUUGGAUUCAGAGGGAUGGCUGAAGACUGGCGAUCUUUGUUACUUUGACUCUGAUGGUUUUCUAUUCAUUGUAGAUAGACUAAAGGAAUUGAUCAAAUACAAAGCUUAUCAGGUUCCCCCAGCUGAAUUAGAGCACAUACUUCAUACAAAUCCUGAAAUUGCUGAUGCUGCAGUAAUUCCGUAUCCUGAUGAAGAUGCAGGGCAGAUUCCCAUGGCUUUUGUGGUAAGAAAGCCUGGAAGUAACAUCACUGCUGCUCAGGUCAUGGAGUAUGUGGCAAAGCAGGUAGCACCAUACAAGAAGAUACGACGUGUUUCUUUUGUUAACUCUAUUCCUAAAUCUCCAGCUGGCAAAAUUUUAAGAAGAGAAUUAGUUGAUAUUGCUCUAACUAGUGGUUCAUCCAAAUUGUGAUUAAUUGAUAUAACGAUGGAGUCAGAGGCUCAGAGCUGCACUUAACGCUUGCAUAAUUUUUCAUAUUAUUUUCAUAUUGCUAUUAUUGUUUCUUUAUAUCAUAUUACUAUUAUUUAUAAUAAAUAUAUAAUGUAUAGUUUUUUUUUUUUUGACAAAAUACUGUAUAGUUUUUUGAAUCAACGUAUACACAUCAAAUUCGAACCUCA